ACAAAAUGGAAGAUUGUUCUUUGGUAUAUUUGAAAUGAAUUCUGAAAAUUUAGCGGUGCCUCGCGGAGUGGUUUGUGAAUGUUGGCAGUUGUGGUUAUUUGAGGCUGGUGGGAAGGAAGCUGUAUGGUAGCCCUCACUGACCUAGCACGAAGGUUAAGUGGUAAAUGGAAGGGGAAAAGUGAAUUGUGGGUUGGGUCAUUGUCGUACCGGUACAGGGACGACUUGUUAAUGCACCUGCUACCACCCUCCCUACCUGUCUGCUAUCUUGCUACCCGUCAACCUGCCAUUACUAUCCGUCAACCUGCCAUAUACUACCCGUCAACCUGCCAUCUACUACCCAUCAACCUGCCAUCUGCUACCCGUCAACCUGCCAUCUGCUACCCGUCAACCUGCCAUCUGCUACCCGUCAACCUGCCAUCUGCUACCCGUCAACCUGCCAUCUGCUACCCGCCAAGCUUCCAUCUACUACCCGUCAACCUGCCAUCUGCUACCCGCCAACCUGCCCCCAGCCUCCACCCGCCUACUACCCACUUCCGCCAACGGGUAUCCGGGUAUUUCCGUUCCCAGUUAAGAACUUCCGGUCGUGUGUUAAGCCCCGGAGGUACCUUUGUAUGUUGGUGGUUUCUGCUCCUCCAGUGGAUGAGUUGGUUGGUGUGUGAGUGUGGCCCACGGUGCUCCACCACCACAUCUCCCACACACACACACACACACACACACACACCAUCAGGGUGUUGCACCUGUGGCUGCGCCCUACGGUGGUGGUGGAGACAGCGGAGGACGGCGGCAGCGCUGAGGGAAAGUGUGUUGUUGCAGGGAGGUAGUACAUAGGGCCACCAGUUCCACCCCCGCCACCCGUUCCACCCCCUCGCUCACGGCCGUACCAUGUGUGAGAGGCAGAAUGGUUCGCUGGUUUCGCCUUUCAUCGAGCGGCAGCGGCAACUAUUUGGUUCGAGUGCGUGCUCAGGUGAUGAUGCGUGAUGACAGCACUGGAGGAUGGGUGCCCUUGGGUGGGGGUGGCCUCUCCAACGUGUCUGUCAGGAAGCGUGUCACCCAACCAGACCUUGACGACCCCAAACACGAGUAUCUCAUCUACGGCAAGAGAAUAUCAGAUCAGUUCGUAGUGUUGAGUUGUACAAUAAAAAAGGAUUUUGAGUACAACAAAGUAAUGCCCACCUUUCACCACUGGAAGACAGGAGACAAGAAGUUUGGAUUAACGUUUCAAACAGCUGCCGAUGCCCGAGCAUUUGAUAAAGGUGUUCGCAUGGCAGUAGAAGAUCUAUUAGAUGGUCUCACCGACUUUCCCUCAUAUCGCCAUGGACUCAACAUAGAUGUUGGCGAUGAUAAUGUAUUUAUGACGGUGAAUCUUCCGGUGGAGAGAGAUGGGUCACGGUCGUCGUCAGGGUCGGUCACCACCUGCAGCAGCAGCCGUCACACACCCACCUCAACCCCCCUGCCCACCCCAGACCACCCCCCUCACCACCACCACCACCAUCACCACCACCACCAUUACCCACCACCAGGAGGUGGAGUGGGGGGAAUCGGAUCAGCGGGAGGAACUGGCAUAUCCACUACAAACACCUCUCCCUCUUCCACCACUUCUAACCUGGCCACCUCUACGGCAGGGACAACAACUCAGCCGUAUACCCACCCCCACCCUCACACCAACCACCACCAUCACCACCACCUGCACCGCAUCACAUUUCCACCCCGGCCCAGACCUCCACUGCCCCAUAACAACAACCCCCCCGACAAGCCAUUAGAAUUGGAUUGUGAGCAUAAGUCUGUUAACCCCCUUGAUAUAUCCCAGGACCAAGAUAAAAUAGGAAUUUCUGGAGAAAACUACUCCUAUGUUCAGUUUGAUCCAGCAGAAAGUCAGCCAGCAGUAAUGCACCAUGAGUAUAGCUACCCAGUAGUUGAAGGCAUAAAAGGGGAGAAGAGGCACAGUAUAACAUCUCUCAAGAAGCAACAGCAGCUCGAGCUUGUCGGGGGAACUCAUUCACAACAAAUGGCUCCUCAGUUACUACCUGGUAAGAGACCUAGAAAACGAGAAAAAAGGGUCAGAAAGACCAUAAAAGCUCGCUGUCGACACUGCCAGGAGAUGUUUACAUACGAUAUGAAUUCACGAGGCAGUUGUGAAUAUGCCCCAGACUGUGUGCGCACAGCUAUUGACACACUUACAUGUAUCUCCUGCGCACAGUGUAUGUUAUAUCACUGCAUGAGUGAUGCUGAAGGGGAUUUUGCGCACCAUCCGUGUGAAUGUGGGGGUCCUGGAGGCACAGCAGAUGAGUCGUGCGGGCGACGGUGGCUUGGAUUAACAUUGUUAUCCCUAUUGGUGCCGUGCCUGUGGUGCUACUUGCCACUGCGAGCAUGCCAUCGAUGUGCCGUCGCCUGCGGACUAUGUGGCGGCCGUCAUGAGGCCUCCUGACUCACCGCCCCCACUCAUGCCCAAGAGGACGAAGAAGAUGAUGAUGAUGAUGAUGAUGAGGAAGAGGAUACCGUAUUCACAGUAACUGGCAGCCCUACACUGCCCUCCCCACAACCUUGGUGUGAUCAGGGUAGCAGUUCCCAACAGUCUGGUGUGGUCCUGGGCAUGUAUGUGGAUGGUUGAACCAACCCAGAUGAUUUCUGGUCAAGUCAUGUAGCCAGUAAGGCAUUGUGUCAGGGACAACAAUGACGGUAGUGUGAACUAAAUGAAUGUGAGGGUGCUGCUUAUUAGCACAAACAUGUUUGUCAAACAGCCUACUGGAAAGAGAAGAAAGAAUGUAAUUGUGUGAUAAAAGGAGUGUGAAUGUAACCACUUUUGACUAAGUGGCUAGAAAGGACACAACAGUUUGAGUGUUCUAUGUACCUGAUGGCCACACUCCGGCCUCAGAGAGUGUGUGUGCACGUGUGCAUCUAUGUGCAUAGUACACACACUGCCGUACAUGGCCAGUUCUCAACUCUUGCAUUUGGAAACCCUUGUUCAUCUAUAUGUGAGCUGCUGUAUUGAUGGUAAGUCUGUCCGCCUUGGCCUCUUUAAUAAUCUAAAGGGAUCCCAAUUUUUCAAGGGCUCAGGAGAAAUUGUGACACCCUUUGGAAUUGCUGUGACUUUUUGUAUGCUUUUAAUUAUUAUUGUGAUAGAUGUUCUAUAUAUUGAUAGCUUUAGCUGGCCAAGACGGACAGGUGGCCAAGGCAGCUGGACUGUCACGUGUCACAUAAUAACUACGUGAAGUUCUCACUUGCGUUUGCCUUACAUGCCAACACUUUGUGUUUAGUCUUUUGGCGAAGAUUAGCGCCGUUGUCACCAUGUUGUGUAUGCCAGACAACUUUACCAAGGGUUUCCUUGUCAUUUUAGGUGCUAUAGCACAAAUCAUGGAUUUUCCUUUUUUUAAGUGAGUAAUUAUUUAAAAAAAAAGGUUAUUCAGUUGUGUUGCAUUCAAAAGAACAGUUUUCUACACAACUUUGUAUAUAAACAUGUGUAAGGCAGUUGCACUGUGAAACAUAAAAUACAAGGUGAAGUUUGGCUUCUUAAAAAUCAAACUAAGGUAAUGAUGUAACUGCAUUAAGUAGUUGUCCAAUGAUAAAAGACUAAACCUCCAAAUUUCAUUCAUGUAAGGAACACAGGUGGUAUAUGAAUCAGUGCCCUGUGAAAAAUCUAGUAACUACCAUUGUCACAAUGAUCAUGUAUAUUGAUAAUCCACUUGUGUAUGAUUACCAAGAAGAGGCCAAUUUUGUGUACAAGCUAGAUGGUGGCCCAACCAGCUCAUGGCCACACCCAAGAUGACUGCAGGCCUCUUAGGUGUUCAUUUCUUUGCCAGCAGCUCUGGAGGGAGAACGGCGCCAUCUGCUUUCUUCUGUGGGGCUGCGGCCUGGGUUAAAAAUAGAUGUUUUGGUAGCGGUGAUUUGGGAGCAGCUAGGUCAUCACCUUGGUGGGGUUUUGGGUCAACCCGAGGCUCCAGAUAUAUAAGAUUAACUAAUUCUGUGGUAGAGAGGUGACCCAGACCUGUGUAACCCAGUGAACUGACCUAGCAAAUGUCAGCUCCCCGAUCAUUCCGUUCAUGCCACCCCUAGUCACGAACAAAAUUGCAACUAAUGUCAGCAGUCUAUCGUUUGUUUUCUUUGCAACAAUUUUAAGCAAAAAGUCACAAAGCUGUAGUUUCAUUUGACCUUUAUUGAUAAAAUGUUACUCAACUAUAGAAAGUAUACCACAGGGUUUUCAAUUUUCACUGUUUGUUUUAAGUGAUUGUUUUAGUGACAUAAUAAUUUUCCUUAUGUGAAUAUUGUCUACAUCAUUGUCAAGUAUAGGGUGUAACAAAAAGGUUCUAUGAAGAAUAAUGACAACCAAAGACAUA